AUGAGAAGGAAGUGGAUAUUGGAAGAUUUUAUCUUUUUUGGUGUGCUCUGUCUCCUUUUCAUAGAUGGAGGUAAACUAGAACAAGUAAAACAUUCAGAUACAUACUGUGUGUUUCAAGAUAAGAAGUAUCGCGUAGGAGAAAGAUGGCAUCCUUAUCUAGAACCCUAUGGCCUUGUGUACUGCGUUAACUGUCUUUGUUCAGAGAACGGAAAUGUACUGUGCAGCAGAAUAAGAUGUCCAAGUCUACACUGUCCUUCCCCUGUGCAUGUACCACAGCUCUGCUGCCCACGAUGCCCAGAGGACUCCCUGUUCUCAGUAAGCAGCAAAAUCACUGGGAAAUCCUGUGAAUACAACGGCACCACCUACCACCAUGGUGAAAUGUUUGUGGCAGAGGGGCUUUUCCAAAACAGGCAAGCAAACCAGUGUGCCCAGUGCAGCUGCUCAGAAGGAAAUGUGUACUGUGGGCUGAAGACGUGUCCCAAAUUAAGCUGCUCUUUCCCAGUGUCUGUUCCAGAGUCCUGCUGUCCAGUUUGCAGAGGAGAUGGAGAAUUGUCAUGGGAACAUUCUGAUGGAGAUAUCUUCCGGCAGCCAGCCAACAGAGAGGCUAGACACUCAUACCACCGCUCCCACUAUGACCUGUCACCCAGCUCUGCAAGGCAGGUAGUCAACCUUCCACGAUUUCCCAGUUCCAGGAGUAACCGUGGAGCCCUACCAGAUCCCCAGCAAGCUUCAGGAACAAUAGUACAAAUUGUCAUCAACAACAAGCACAAGCACGGACGAGUUUGUGUUUCAAAUGGCAAAACAUAUUCACAUGGUGAAUCUUGGCAUCCUAAUCUCCGGGCCUUUGGAAUUGUAGAGUGUGUGUUGUGCACUUGCAACAUCACCAAACAAGAAUGUAAGAAAAUCCAUUGUCCAGAACAAUAUCCCUGCAAAUACCCUCAGAAAGUAGAAGGAAAAUGCUGUAAAGUCUGCCCAGGUAAAACAAAGUUGAUCACAGACCACCUUUUUGCUGUGCAUGUUAAGGGGCUUGAAGAAGUGCCAAGUCAAACCUUUGACAACAAAGAGUACUUCUGUGGGAAAGAGACAUUUCCUGUCUAUGAAUCCAUUUUCACAGAGGAAGGAGAAACCAUCAGAAAAAUUGCAGUAGAGACUGAAAAGCCACCUGAAAUAGAAAUACAUGUGUGGACAAUUAGAAAAGGGAUUCUGCGUCACUACUAUGUAGAAAAAAUGUCCAAGAGAGAAUUUGAAGAACUUCCUUACUUCAAGCAGAUAACAAGGACAACCCCCAGCCAGUGGAAAAUAUUUAGCGAGGGAGAAGCUCAGAUCAGCCAAAUGUGUGAAAGCAGAGUGUGUAGGACUGAGCUCGAGGAUUUGGUAAAGGUUUUGUACCUUGAAAAGUCUGAAAAGGGUCACUGUUAA